AUGAAGGUCUGGCACGGCCUGCUGUUCGCAGCUGUGUCUGUCUUCCUGCAGACCUGCCUCCUCAUGGCCCUCAAUUGGCUGCUCAGCAGGCGCAGAGAGGACAGCGACACCUCCUCAGAUGACAGCUCGGACAGCUCGGACAGCUCGCCGUCCAGCCACCAGGCCCCCAGGGAUGUGAAUUACGCACAAGUGGUUUUCCCAGCCUCCAGAGGACUGAAAAGUGAAUCGGCCCUGGGCUAUGAGGAUGUCAAGGAAGCCACAGAUUAUGUCAAUGUCAACCCCCAAGGCCACAAGGGCAACAUCUGGACUUUUGUGAACCAUGCUGCCUCUGAAUCUGUGGAAUACACUCAAGUGGCCGUGUGA